GGGUUUUUUCAGUAGUUACAGGGAGUUGUGUUCUUUGUGAUGAGAGAGUUGUUUGCACAGAUCUUACAACUUUUCUUUACUUGUGAUGAUGAUUGGAUUCAGCAUUCAUGUUUAGAAUCUAUAAAAGCGUUGGCUUUUGUUUUACUUGUGAGUCGUAAUCCGGAGGUUCUUUGGGCUCAGCGUUCUGAUAAGGUUUACCUAACCGUCGCCUUACCUGAUGCGAAAGACAUUUCGGUCAAGUGUGAGCCUCAGGGUCUAUUCAGUUUCUCUGCUCUUGGUGCCCAAGGCGAGCGCUUUGAAUUCAGCUUGGAGUUAUAUGGGAAGAUUAUGCCAGAAUAUCGGAAGAAUGUAGGGCUAAGGAACAUCAUAUUUUCAAUUCAGAAAGAAGAGAAAAGCUGGUGGACACGACUGCUGAAAUCAGAAGAGAAACCCGCACCUUACAUCAAAGUCGACUGGAAUAAAUGGUGUGAUGAGGAUGAGGAGGUCAACUCUGAAACGGCCUCUGAUGAUGAGAGUGCAUUCGUUAAUGAAGAUAGUGAAAGCAGCGAUGACGAUGGAUUGCUCUAUCUUCCUGAUCUGGAAAAGGCGAGAAGCAAGUAACCUAACCGCAACAACCAACCAACUCUGGAAGCUGAAGAAAAAGUAAAAGACUAAGAGCUGAAACAUAGUGCUUUAGGAUGAUUCGGUUUGUUUUGUACCUGAAUAAACGGACCACCUAGCUCCUCCGGUUUACCUCUGAUUUAGGUUUCGUAGGGUAAUCAACAUUAGUGGUCUCU